CCGCCGCCGCCGCCAUGUUGCGGCCGUUGGUGCCCGGUGCGGGGUGAGGCCUGCGCGGGGCCGCGGUGGCGGCGGGGCCCGCCGAGGAGCGCCGCGUGGGUGGCAAUCUUGAACUUCCUCCUCGAGCAGUAUGUUACAUGCUGGUGCGAAGUCUGUAGAGGAGCUGCUGCGGAUCUCCCAAAGCCCCCAGGAAUAGCAGUGCGAGCAGAAGCUUUCACUAUGGGGGACAUGAAAACCCCAGACUUUGAUGACCUCUUGGCUGCUUUUGACAUCCCUGAUCCAACUAGCCUUGAUGCCAAGGAGACCAUUCCAUCAGCUGGGGAGGAGAACGAGAAUCACCUGAAGUCAUCAGGAAUCUGCGUAGAUGAGAACGUGUCCUUAUCCCAUGCCUUGCCCCCCUCUGAUGCUCCUGUUGUGAGUGUUAUUGUGAAGAACACAAGUCGCCAGGAGUCCUUUGAGGCGGAAAAGGAGGGGAAUCACCUCGGGGCUGGACUGCUACACAAUGGGUUUCGCGGGUCUGAUCUGCCAGCAGAGGCUCAUACUUUGGUGCAUAAUUAUGGGAAGUUUGAGUCGACUUUUAUUAAUGGUGAUAGCUCCAGAAGUUACUCUGAAAAACUGGACCAGUCCAAGUCAGAGCCUUUGCCAACUUUUAGUCAGUUUAGCCCCAUUUCCAGCCCUGAGCCAGAGGAUACAUUCAAAGAGAAUAGUAUUGGUGAUAAACCCAAACAUGCUCAAACUCCGUAUUUUCCACCUCCUUCAAUGUAUAUGCCAACAGGAGCUUCAGUAUUGGAUCACUUCAGGAAGGUACCAGAGCCCGAAUUAAGCAUGUUUGAUCAAUAUUGUAAAAAGGAACAAAAGAUGGAGAUCCACUUCCAGCCAGAGAGCAGGCUGGAAAUGAGCAGGAGACAGCAAGACAAAGCAACUGAGAGGUUUGUGGAGUCAGGAAAGGACUUGGUAGAUACCAAUAGCUUUCUUGGAGAAGGCUUGGUGUUUGGAGAGCUCCCUCACAGUAAUUUAGGAGAAGAUAAAGGGUCUGUGCCUGAGCUGAGCUUGUCUUCAUCCGUACCGCCUCGCCAGAGGUUAAAGCCAACUCACUCAAAGUUGUCAUCCUGUGUGGCUGCGCUGGUUGCUCUUCAGGCCAAAAAGGUUGCGUGUAUUCCCAAAGGCGAUCAGCCAAACCUUAUAAAGGAACCCGGUCCUUUUAAAGAUGGGACAAAAGGAAGUCCAAAAAUGCCCAAGUCACCAAAGAGUCCACGGAGCCCCUUAGAAGUAGUGAGGAAGGCCAGCAAGCAGCCUGAGAGCCCCCGAAGUGUGUGCAGUGACAGCAGUGGGAAGGGCUCUCCUUCCAUGGCAGCCAGCUCUCCACCAGCUAUUCCCAAAGUUAGAAUCAAGACUAUCAAGACCUCCUCUGGUGAAAUUAAAAGAACUGUAACUAGAAUUUUGCCAGAAAGUGAUGAGUUGGGCAAGUCUUUGGAAGAAUCACCUCUGGAAACCUCAUCUGCUGAAGAAUUCAUCAAAUCUUUCCCUUCCCCUGACACUAGUGCAGCAAUGGAAAGCGAGGCUAGCAAGAAUUCAACCAAAAAUGGGGCUGCCGUAGCUAUCCAGCUGUCAAACAUAGCGAAUCCUUACACAGAUGGCUUGAAAGCAGAUCUUGCUGCAAAUAGCACCUCUCUUGUGUCUUUAUCUCCGCUGCCAAACUGCGGUGGUGGUGCCGUAAAAGUUGGUGUCGCGGGGCAGCAGCUGAACAAGAAGCAGCACCAGCAGCAGGGUAUCGUGGUGCAGCCGUCCAACGCGACCACCUCCUCCAGCCUCCUUCCCAAAGCUGUGCACUUGGCAAAUCUCAAUUUAGUUCCCCACAGCGUUGCUGCUUCUGUCACAGCGAAGUCAUCUGCACAGCGGCGAAAUCAGCCUCAGGUGACGCAGAUGUCCGUGCCACUGGUGCAUCAAGUAAAGAAAGCUGCUCCUGUCAUCGUGGAGGCAUUCAACAAAGUGCUGCACAGUGCCAAUCCGGUGCCAAUAUAUACUCCGAACCUUAGCCCUCCACCUGACACCAGUAUUAAUUUACCUGCCUCUGGGUACUGUUGCCUGGAAUGUGGGGAUUCAUUUGCCUUAGAGAAAAGCCUGACUCAACACUAUAGCAGGCGAAGCGUUCAUAUUGAAGUUAUGUGCACUCAGUGUUCAACUAUGCUCCUUUUUUUUAAUAAAUGUAGCUUGCUUAAACAUGCAAGAGAUCACAAGAGCAAAGGCUUUAUCAUGCAGUGUUCUCAGCUGGUGAUGAAACCGAUUUCCUUAGACCAAAUGUUUUCACCUUCUGCGAGCUCUUCAGCAUCUUCUACUCCUCAGACUUUGCACUUAUCCUCUCCUUCGCGUAAACCCAAUGCUACUUCAGGAAACGGGGUAGGAAUUUCUACUAACACACAGCCUGCCUUGCCUCUCUACCCGGACCCACUGAGACUAAUCCGUCAAGGACUUAAGUGUUUAGAAUGUAACAAGCAGGCGCAGGAUUAUGUUGCUUUAGCAGCUCAUUACCAGAGAACCUCUGAAGAUAAUGAGAGACUGACGUGCCAGGUGUGCCAGAUGAUGCUGCCCAACCAGUGCAGCUACUGCGCCCACCAGAGGAUCCACGCUCACAAGUCGCCGUACUGCUGCCCCGAGUGCGGGGCUGUCUGCCGCUCCGCCUAUUUCCAAACCCACGUCAAAGAGAACUGCCUGCAUUACUCCCGCAAAGUCGGCUUCAGGUGCAUCCACUGUGGGGUUGUCUUCAUGACCCUGGCAUUACUGAAAGUGCACAUUCACGAGAAGCACUGCGAAGUCUUCCACAAGUGUUCUUUUUGCCCAAUGGCCUUCAAAUCAGCAGACAGCACCAUGGCUCACGUGACCAGCCAGCACCCAGCAGAGCCUCACAAGACUACUCAGGUGAUCUACAAAUGUUCUUGUGAGACUGUCUUUAACAAGAAGAAGCUGCUCCAGGAGCACUUCCAGCAGAAUACCAGCAAGUUGUUUGUGGGCGUGUUUAAGUGUCCGCAGUGUCAGCUGGUGUAUAUGCAGAAACAGCAGUUAAUGCAGCACGUUAAGGGUGUUCAUGGAGUCCCCCAGAAUCCGGAGGAGCUCUUAAACUUUCGACAGAAGUCUGAGAAGACGUCAAGGAACCAGGUUCAUAACCCACCAAAGGAGCUGUCGGUAGCCAAUGGGACUUCCCACUCACCUCUGCCAAGGAAAGACAUGAGGGUGGAAGGACACAAUCCCGAAUCCAAGGCCAGGCUGAGAAGAACUGGUUGGACUUGCAAGGAAUGUUCGCAGUGGAUCCCUGAUCGGGAAACCUACGUGUCCCACAUGAAGAGAAGUCAUGGAAGGGCUAUGAAGAGAUACCCCUGCCGACAGUGUGAACGCUCUUUUAAUGCCUCCAACAGCCUGCGUAGACACAUCCGCAACAAUCACGACACAGCAAAGAAAGUUUACACUUGCUGGUACUGCACAGAUGAAAAUCAGACAUUUCCUCAGCCGUUCAUGCUGGAGAAUCACAUCAGCCUCAUGCACGGCAUCAAAAACCCAGACUUAUCCCAGAUGGCCAAAGCAAAAGCCCCAGAGAGAGACACAGCAGAAGCGAGAUCUCCAAAGAGGAUGAUGACGAACGAUGUGGGGCAGGCAGGGACUGCUGCAGGUUCAGACGCACCGCCGGCCAAAAAACUGAAAGCGCACUGGAAAUGUGCAAAAUGUGGGUUUGCAACAGACGUCAGUACUGAGUUCCAGGAGCACAUACCUCAGCACAAGACAGACAGCUCCACGUAUCAGUGCUUGUUCUGCGGCUUGUGUUACACAUCUCAGAUCUCUCUGAACAGACACCUCUUCAUUGUUCACAAAGUAAAAGAUGAGGAGGAAGAGGAGGAAGAAGAGGAUGAGGAGGAGCAGGAGGAGGGAGAAGAGGAGAGGGAGAAGCUACGAGCAGAGACGAAUGAGAACGGACACGAGGGGUAUAAUGGCGAGAUGAACACUAUGGCGGAAGAGGAAAGCCUGGAAGGCAAAGAGUGCAAAACUGACUCAGCUCUUUGUGAGCACAGGCAGACGUGUGGUGUGGAGGGUCCUCGUAGCACCUCUCAGAACAAUCAUUCAAAGUCUGUUAAGACUUAGAAGCGAAACAGAAGCUUUUUGCUCUGUUGGGGCUUUUUCUCUGGGGGUUUUUACUCAAAAUACUGGGUGGGGAUGGGGCAAAUCAUUGAAACGUUCUGUUGAUUUCUUGGGAUAGACGUUGCUUUCCGUUAACUUCCAUUUGUAAGGGAAAUUUGGAAAAAAAAAUACCUGCCAUUGCAUCCUGAGCACUAACUCUCUGCCAGCUCAGAGAGUUGAAAAGGGAAAGCAGGGCGAGAAUCCUCCCUGGAGUUUGUCCAGCUCCUGAGGAUCAAGGAGCACUUUCUGCAGCUGCAGUUCCCUGAAGAUGAGCUUUCCUCCUUUGAGUGCACUGCUUCAGCCGCUGCCCGCAGCCCCAGCCUUGCCUCCCCCAUCUCCCUUUCUGUCUCCUCCUAUUUAUGACUUACUUUUCCCAUUUUGCCUUUGUUUCAUUCAUUUUAAUUCAUAAUGCUAUCUCAGCAAAGCACGUGUGUCAGGGCCAUGCUGGCCGAUCCGAGAUUGUCUGUGUUUAAUGGGACAGGCCUGAGUUGUACUCAAGCUUGCAUUUAAGUUACUACUUUAAUAACAGUCACGUUUUCCAAAAAGUAAUUUAAUGAAGCAUCAUGAUUCUUAAUCACCCCAAAACAGAAUUUUGUAGCCCCUUUCUGGGAGAGCACAACCACAGGGAGAGGGAGGUGGGUGGGUACAGCACUUCUCUCUGCAUUAGGGCAUCGCGGUCCCGAAAACAAGAACUUCUCACCGGGGCCUGUGGGGUCCUGGCAGGGAGGUGAUGAGGGUCCCCACGAGGCUGGUGGGGCCGGGAAGCCGCUGUCCUAUUGCCUCAGUUUUCCAUAUUCCUUUGGAGACGUUUAUGUCCACGUAGUCAUAUUGACUCUGUCCGUGCCGUUUCCUCAUCGUUCCCCCAACACACGCGUUUCAUGUAAUAUAAUUAUCUUCUAUACUUUUUUUUUUAUGUUGAGCCAGAAUCCUGCUCGUUAUUGUUUACUAUGACAAUGUUUAAAUAAUUUAAGAACUAUUUAUCUUAUUGCAUAUGAAUUGCUCACUUUCUUGUCUCAAUGUGUUUUGAUACAAACAGUUUGGACUCUUUGUAUUUUUUGAUACUGUGUACAUUAGCCUAGGGAAUGUUUUACAAGGUAGCCUACGUAGAGUAACGAUAGCGGGGGCACUCCCAAGCCAUCACAUAUCUAUUUAAUCUGCAGUGGCAUUUGUGCCUUGCUAUAAUGUUUACUUCAAAGUAUUUCAAAUAAAAGCAUCCAACAGUG